AGGACGAUGGGAGCCUUACGAUGCACAGAUGGAAUCUAGAGCUCCUAUCAAACGUGGACCACGCGGUCUGCAGGGUUUGGUCUCGGUAUAUUUGGUUUCCGUUAUCGCCAAUCUUCAGCAGGAAUGUCGCAGAGAGUGUCGUGGUCGCUGCGAGAGUCGACGAGCGGAAGGUUGAAAUACUAGUACUGGCGUACUGUACUGGAUUCAGGCACUGCCAAGGCACCGCAAAGAUACAUCUGAGAUCGAUGGGGCGCAUCAAUUGAUCUCGAUUAAAGUUGGGAGACGCGAAGUCGGGUUCAAGAGGCCGUCUCGACGUCGUCCUCGUCCUUCAGGCCAUCGUCUCGGACAAUGGCGAGUAGCUCUUAAUUCAUGAAUAAGCUGCAGGGUGAUUGUGGGGAUGAAACUCAACAGCCACCGUGAGCUGGCCGAAGCACAAUCUACGGCUCCCGCGCGUAAUGGGGUGUGUGUCUUCGGCGCGGUGACGCUUGAUUUUUUCCUAUUUCUCGACCCCCGCGCCGCCUGAUAGAGGUUGACGACCCACUACGACCCCGCACAUCUCUCGUGUGGUUGAGUUCCCUCUGGCAUCCACCAUGUCCAAGGACGAGAUGAACGACAAGGCUAGUGAAAAGGACACGGAGUCCGUCGAGACAAAGGAGGUUCAGGACGCCACCCCCAAGGUCCAGGCGCGCGAGGGUCCCAAAAUUGUCUUGGACGCAGGUGAACAGCAUCUGCGCGUUAGACAGCGUUGGUGGCAGAUCUGGUUGCCGAAGGACCCGCCACCGCCGCCCCCCACAUCUUUCGAGGAUACACCGAUCACGCCGCUCGCUACAGCGUCCCUGCUGUCUAUGCUCACGUACACAUGGAUCACACCAAUUAUGACUUUGGGUUACCAGCGUACGCUUCAAGCAACAGACCCAUGGAAGCUGGAUGAAACCAGGCAAAGCGGUCCCCUCAGUGUCAAGCUCGACGCGGCUUGGGACAAGCGAGUCAAGGAUGCCAAGGACUGGAACGACCGGCUUGACGCCGGAGAGAUACGCCCCUCUUGGUACUUGCGCAUCAGCUGGUUUUUUAUUGCUCUGUUAUUUUGGAGGCAUGGUCCGUGGAAGCCUGGCUCAAAAUACGGCCAGCGCAGAGUAGCGCUUGAGCAUCACUGGCGCACUGUCAGUGGGCGUAAGGAACCGAGCCUUGCGUGGGCCCUGAAUGACACCUUGGGUUUUUCCUUCUGGCUCGGAGGCUGCUUCAAGGUUCUCGGAGACACUUCUCAGUUAAUGGGACCGAUUAUCGUGAAGAACAUCAUCAAUUUCGCCAAAGCACGUUCAGCUGCGAGGGGAGAUGACGAACCUGUCCCGAGCAUAGGUCGAGGCGUAGGCAUGGCCAUCGGCCUGUUCUGCUUGACUGUGACUGCCAGUGUAUCUCAACAUCAAUUCUUCUGGAGAUCGAUGUCUACAGGCUUACUCGCACGUGCUGCACUCAUCGCGUCCAUCUACAAGCGUGGCGUUAAUCUCACGGGGAAGGCACGCACUAACUUCCCGAAUUCAGCUCUUGUCAACCACAUCUCGACCGACGUGAGCCGUGUCGAUGCGUGUGCACAGUGGUUUCAUGCCGCCUGGACCGCGCCCAUUCAGAUUACGAUCUGUCUUAUCAUUUUGCUCACUGAGCUUGGCCCAUCUGCCCUGGUCGGCUUCUCCCUCUUCAUCCUCAUGAUCCCGUUGCAACAGUAUAUUAUGACGAUGCAGAUGAAGGUCCGAAAGAAGGCGAACAUCUGGACAGAUCAAAGGGCGAGGACAAUUCUCGAGGUCUUGGCCGCGAUGAGAGUUGUGAAAUACUUUUCGUACGAAGUGCCUUUCCUCAAGAAGAUUUCUGAGAUGCGUAAGCAUGAGCUCAAGGGUAUCAAGGCCAUCCAGAUCUCUCGAUCCGGCAACAUCGCUUUGGCGUUCUCUAUCCCAGUACUUGCCGCAACGCUGUCGUUCGUCACCUAUACCGGGACCGCACAUGAUUUCAACGUCGCCAUCAUCUUCUCGUCAUUCUCGCUCUUCCAGCUGUUGCGCCAGCCACUCAUGUUCUUGCCUCGCGCUUUAUCCGCCACAACCGACGCUCAGAAUGCGCUGGCCCGUCUGAAGAAGCUUUUCGAGUCCCCACUCAUGGACCAUGCUCCUUUUGAGGUUGAUCUGUCUCAAAAGCUGGCUUUGGAAGUGCGCGACGCGACUUUUGAGUGGGAAGAAAGUCUGGCAGCAAAGGAGGCCAAGGAGGAACAAGCGAAAGCAAAGGGAAAGAAGAGCAAAAGUACCGUUGUCACAAAGGUACCUGGCCCUAAGAAAGCGGGCGACUCGCAGCCAUUCCAGGUCUGCAACGUCACCCUGCUCGUUCCUCGCGGUUCGCUUGUGGCCAUAGUCGGCGCGGUGGGUAGCGGCAAGUCGAGUCUACUCCAGGGCCUCAUUGGCGAGAUGCGCAAAGUUAAUGGACGUGUUUCGUUUGGCGGCCCAGUUGCAUACUGCGCACAGACCGCAUGGAUCCAAAAUGCAACGCUGAGAGAGAACGUUCUUUUCGGUCUACCUUUUGACGAAGACAAGUACUGGAAGGCGGUGGAAGAUGCGUCUUUGCUUCCUGAUCUGCAGGUCCUCGCGGAUGGCGACUUGACGGAAAUCGGAGAGAAGGGUAUUAACCUUAGCGGUGGCCAAAAGCAGCGAGUCAAUAUCGCUCGCGCUUUGUACCACGAUGCGGACACAGUCAUUUUCGACGACCCUCUGUCUGCCGUCGACGCCCAUGUUGGCCGCGCUCUAUUUAACGACGCAAUUCUCGGUGCUCUUCGCAACCGUGGCAAGACGGUCAUCCUCGUCACUCAUGCUCUCCAUUUCCUCUCUCAAUGCGACUAUAUUUACACCAUCGACAACGGGAAUAUUGCGGCUCAGGGUAAAUACAACGAUCUCGUCGAACAUAACGACACCUUCGCCAAACUCAUGAAGGAGUUCGGUGGAGAAGACAAGCGCGAAGAAGGGGUCGAAGAGGAAGAAGCCGCCAUGACUCAAGCUCCGCGAUCCAACAUCGGCAUUGAGGAGGCUAAGCUGAAAAGUGAGGCCGUCGAACGGGUAGGCGCGGGAAGUGGGAAGCUGGAAGGUCGCCUCAUCGUCGCGGAGAAGCGUACGACAGGCUCCGUCAGCUGGAAAGUUUAUGGUGCUUACUUUCAAGCUGGCCGCUGGCCGCUCACCGUUCCGCUCAUUAUCAUCUUCAUGGUUAUAAUGCAAGCCUGCUCGGUUUUUGGUUCGUAUACGCUGGUUUGGUGGGAGGGAAACACUUGGAACCGCCCAAAUUCAUUCUAUCAGAUUCUGUACGCCUGCUUGGGCAUCGGACAGUCGGCGUUCACAUUCUUCCUUGGUAUUGCUAUGGAUGAGAUGGGAGCCUCCGUCUCGAAGAAUUUGCAUAGGAGCGCGAUCAAGAACAUAUUCUAUGCACCAAUGACAUUCUUUGACACAACACCUCUCGGACGCAUUCUCAGCAUCUUCGGAAAGGAUAUUGACAGUGUCGAUAACCAGCUGCCUAUCUCUAUGCGACUCUUCAUUCUCACCGUCUCCAACGUUGUUGGGUCUGUCAUUAUUAUUACCGUCUUGGAGCACUAUUUCAUUAUCGCUGCGGUGUUUAUCGCAAUCGGCUACUCGUAUCUUUCGGCCUUCUAUCGCGAGAGCGCUCGAGAGCUGAAACGUAUAGAUGCAAUGCUUCGCUCUUUCCUUUAUUCUCACUUCGCCGAAUCGUUAUCUGGCCUCCCCACCAUCCGUAGCUACGGCGAGAUUUCGCGUUUCGUGCACGAUAACGAGUAUUACACCGACCUAGAAGAUCGAGCCGCGUUCCUGACAGUCACAAAUCAAAGGUGGCUUGCUAUCCGUUUGGACUUCCUUGGCGCCUUGAUGUCCUUCGUCGUCGCAAUGCUCGCUGUCGCCGCAGUCUCCGGCAUCAACUCCGCGCAAAUUGGUCUCGUCCUUACGUAUACGACCAGUCUUACCCAGCAAGGCUCGGUGGUUACGCGUACAUCGGCCGAAGUGGAGAACUACAUGGCCGCUGUGGAAACCCUAACCCACUACAGUCAUGGCAACUAUGUGGAACCGGAGGCCCCGCACGAAGUCCCUGAGAAGAAACCUCCCGCCGACUGGCCUCAGCAGGGGGCGAUCAAGUUCAACAAUAUCGUCAUGCGUUACCGACCGGGCCUACCUUAUGUGCUCAAAGGUCUUACAUUCAAUAUACGGGGUGGAGAGAAGAUCGGUGUGGUUGGGAGGACGGGCGCUGGGAAGAGUUCGCUCAUGUUGGCUCUGUUCCGUAUCGUUGAGCUGGCAGGUGGUUCCAUCACCGUUGACGAUAUCGACAUCUCGGGGAUUGGUCUCGCAGAUCUGCGCACCAAGAUCGCCAUUAUUCCUCAAGAUCCUCUCCUCUUUAGUGGGACAAUCCGGAGCAAUCUGGAUCCUUUCGAUCUGUAUGACGAUGCACGACUUUGGGACGCUUUGCGACGAUCGUAUUUGAUUGAACCAACGACUUCUGACAAAACAUCUGACGAGAAAGAGACGACCAAAACACGCUACAAUCUCGACACGCUCAUCGAAAGCGAAGGCGCUAAUCUCAGCGUCGGCGAGCGCAGCCUCCUGAGUCUGGCUCGCGCCCUGGUGAAGGACAGCAAGGUCGUCGUUUUGGACGAGGCCACUGCCUCCGUUGAUCUUGAGACCGACGCAAAGAUUCAACAGACCAUUCAGACGCAGUUCAAGGACAAGACCCUGCUGUGUAUUGCCCAUCGCCUUCGCACUAUCAUCUCUUACGAUCGCAUCCUUGUGAUGGACGCAGGAAUGGUCGCCGAAUUCGACACUCCGCUGAAUCUGUUCCUCAAGGAUGGCAGCAUCUUCCGUGGCAUGUGUGAACGGAGCAACAUCUCCUUAGACGAGAUCGAAAAGGCUGCGUUGCAGAUGGAAGACUCUUAGACGUUAGACGUUAAACGGAUUUAAAUUUCAGGUGUUUCACUGUAUUAGAUAUAGUACACUGUCUCGUAGAUCUCUAUAUGGAAUAUAGCUAGUGCAACAAUAGCCCGUACUUUUGCUACGAAUGAACCCUAGACACGGGACGGAGAAAGAGUAGAGCUAAACAUCAUGCCUAGGUCAGAUAGAGGUGUUUCACAUCAAAAACAGAUAUGCAGAACCGUUAGUCAUGUUUAAGGUGCGUUCUUGAAUGCGUUCAAGAACUGGAGAUAUUAGAGAAGAAGCCUAGUUGGAAGUCAUUUUGUUGCGAACCCAUCCAGGCGAAGCCUAAAAAUGAUAUCCGU